GAAUUUCUACUCCAGUCCGUUAAGUGGCGAUAAUGCACCGUGCAAUGACUUGUAUUGAAACCGGAAAUACACCUAUGACGUAGACUCCAUGUGCGGAAAUCAUCAAGCAACAGAAAACACACGUGUGAGCAGACUGGGUUAACAUGUUUUUGUAGGAAGGCAAGUACCUAAAACGAUAUUUGUACGCCAGCGUUAACAUCAUAAAUAUGUCUGCCAGCGAGGCGCAGGAUGACAUGCACCAUGAAGGGGAACUGGACGACACUCCUCCCGUGGUAACACGGACACGAAGUGGUCGUCGCGUUCGUACUCCUGCUGCUCUUCUCGACUCAGAAGUGACCACUGUGGCGAAAAGACCGAUGCGUCGGAGAGGGUCGGUGAUUCAAGAAGUGCCUGUCAUCUCAGAUACGUUCAACAUGUGUGAGUCUGAAAUUGUGAAGCUUACUUCAGAAGUUGAAACGCCAGAGACUGUCCCAGAACAGGAGGCACCUGGACCGGUUGCAGACACCCCCAUGGAUGUCACCACUGUUGAUGUGACUGUGAGGUCAGAUGUCGCUCACGAGAAGGAAAACUUAAUUGAUUCCAGUACACCCCUCGAGACAUGCCCGCAUCCUAAUGGGGGGCCCAAGAAAAGAACCACUUCAGAGUCCAGUGUGCAACUUGCAGUACCAUUUGGAAAACCGAAGUCAGGGCGCGUGUGGAAGGACCGCAAGACGCAGAGAUUCUCAGCCCUGGUGAGGGACAAGCCUCUACGCACAUCAUGGGAGAAGAAGAUGGAGGCCAGACGGGAGAAGGAACUGGUCAAGAAAUACCAGCUACAGCUGAAGGAGGAGAAGAACAGAGAGAAGCAGGAGAAGAGGCAAAGAAGAGAGGAGAACCUGAAGCGAAGGGCUGAGAAUGAGCGGAAGGCAGAGAUUGUGCAGGUCAUACACAACACAGCAAAGAUCAAGAGGAUGAAGAAGAAGCAACUGAGGAAAAUAGAGAAGCGGGACACUUUACCCAUGAUUCAAAAGUCAAAAUAAGGUGACAGCUAACUGUCAAGGAGGACACAAAGACCAGACCAUGCAAUGUCCCUUUACACAUUGUGUGCACUGACAGUUUUGUUUGUGAUGGAUAUGCGUAUUUGAAUGACUGAAGGCAGCAUGUACUGUUAGCUUCCAGUAUCCAGUCUUGGAAAAUAAAUAGGAAACUGAGAGCGUGUUAAAUGUCCCUUCAUUCAAAUGUCAAAAUGUUUUCUGAUCACUGUCUGCCAUAGAAAGUUGUGGAGGAUGCCUGUUUUUUUGACCUGAGAUUCUUCAGUAAACAAACAUGAAACAAAAUCUGACUCAAGGCCAUGCUUUACAGGGUUUUUGUUGUUAUUGUUGGGCUACAGCAGGAUGGCAGGCUGCUGAAGCAGGACCAUGAUAGGGGUUUCAGUUUAUCUUGGGAAU